ACCUGCUCGCACUCGCCUCUUCACCUCUUCUCCACAGUCUCCAUCGCUCUGAACCGUUGACCCUAAGUACUUAAAGUCCUGCACCUUCUUCACCUCUGCUCCCUCUGGUAUUAUCCUUUAUUUUCUAUACGACAUGUCAACCUCUCAUUUAUCAUUUUCUCCACUGUCCUGCAGGCGUGGGAUGUUACAGCGAUUGCUCUGUAAUUCCCCUGGUUUGGGACUACAGCAGCCUCCUUCCAGCUCUGUGGCAGGGUCCCUUCCUCCCAAACUCUAUUAGACAGUCCCUGUAAUAAAUCGUUGGAGAUGGUUUAUCAUUGUUUAACAAUCGUGUUGUUUAGGCCACUGCUGCCUUCCUCGCGCUGUACCGGCUCUUCCUCCUCCUCCUCCUCCUCCUCCUCACUGAUACUGUCCGGUCAGCAGGCUUUGCCAUCAUCUCAGCUUCUGCUCACCUCUCGCAUCAUUUAAGACAAGUCUUUUUAUCACGCUCCACCCUUCGUACAGUUCUCUCUCCCUCCCUACGGAGCUGCAAAGGUUCCUCCAGAAGUCCGUCUUUGCAUUUUUUACGAUUCUCCUUACAUCUGCUUCAGUGAGAUCCAGAAACUGUGAUCCUGUUUAACAUUUUAAAAGCUUUAUUUCGAGACUUUGCUUCAUCGCGUUCCUUCGUCCGCCGUGGUACAGGCUUCUUUGCCACCUCUGGAAAAGCUUAACAAGCAGAAACAUUUCAGUGACCAACAUCUUCAUUAAUAUCAAUUUUUCUUCCAUUUCUCGAUCACUAAUAUUCCUAAAUGUCUGGCAGUCAGCAUGAAUUCUGACGCCGCUGUAAGAUCUGGGGCCGACUCGGUGCCUGUUCUGAUAUUAAUUCUUGUGCCGCUUCCGUUAUUCAGCCACACUAGAUUUGUUAUCUCCAUUCCAUUUUCAUCAUUACGUCACCCCAUAACGUGCUAUGGCCAUUCAAUCCCCACAGCAUCUCCCUUUCCCUCCUGAAUGUACCGCGAGUUCAUCCACGACUCUGCUGAGAGCCUAUUACGCGGACUGUAGAAGUGAACAAUUUUGAUAUUUCCUCCUCGUUUCUCUCCAAAUUUAAACGAGGAUUAAACGACUGUGUUGUAUUCCUUGCUUUAAAAUAUCAUACCCCCUCCUCCACCUCUGCGGAUACUAGCAGGCUCAAGCCAGCUUUCCUGAACACAUGUGAUUCCUGGUUUUUUAGACCUUUACUGAAUCCUUUAAACUCUUGGCCAUUUGCUUUUAAGCCUCCGCCUUCCAGCUGCUUCUCGUCUCUUAUGUCCUGCUCCCUGGACACAUCUUCCAUGCCCCCAAACUCCUCAGCUCGCUUCACUGUCACUUUCAUUUUCUCCGUUUUGUGUUUGACUUGAUGGCACAAGUGAUCACAUGUGCGACGAACAGCAUCGGCUUAUCCACUGUCAGUGCUGCGUUAGUUGUCUCCGUUUGACCUCUGGACUCUGUCAGUUUCAAGAGUUUAACGUUAACGUUUGGAAAAGAGAGGCGGUGUAUCAGUUAACUUCAGUCUGACAGAAACGAAGCGUGUCAUCCAGCACACAGUGAAACACAGGUGGCAGGAGCAGUGUGGAGAAGAGAGAAGGAGGUGACUCCUGUGGAGAACAUGGAAUGACCUGACUCAGAGCCUCAGAGAUUAUUUUGGACUGUUUUUAUUUUAAACGUUGAGUACCGAGCCACACUCCACCAGUUGGUGGCGGUAAUGCGCAAUUUCGUUGUUGCCAACCGCAAACGGCACCAAGAAGAAGGAAGAGGCUCUAGCGGGCUGCUGUCAAAAUAAGCCACCGGGGAAAUUUUAGGCAGCCUUUACUUGUUGCGGCGUUCACUCAGCCGAAGAGGACGGCAAAAGAAGCCGACAUGGCGACUAGAAUACUGAAGCGAAGUGGCGUUUCAAACGAAAUAUGUGAGCGACUCAAACGACAUCAAAUAGAAAGUUGUAAGGACCUGUUGUCUCUGACUCCUGUUGAAGUGAUGCAUGCUGCAGGGCUGAGCUACCAGAGGGCCUCAGUCCUACUGCAGUCAGUGAGCAAAGCCGUUGCACCAGCAUUCACCACGGCUCUGGAGUUGUGGAAGCAACGCUCAGACUCCUGUUUCUCCACGUCGUUGCCUGCUCUGGACAAACUGCUGAGAGGAGGCCUGCCCUGUGGGACCAUCACAGAGGUGACGGGCCCGUCUGGCUGUGGGAAGACUCAGAUGUGUUUGAUGCUGAGUGUUGUGGCCACGCUGCCAAAGAGUGAGGGUGGCCUGGACAGCAGCGUGAUCUACAUCGACACAGAGGCAGCUUUCUCUGCUGAGAGGCUGGUGGAGAUCGCACAGAGCCGCUUCCCAGACUACUUCAUCUGUAAGGAGACGGUCCGGCAGAUGGCUGGGCGGGUCCAUCUCUUCAGGGAGCUCACCUGUCAAGAUGUCCUCAACAGACUGGAGAGACUAGAAGAGGACAUCAUCUCAACCAGAGCAGGUCUCAUCAUCCUGGACUCCGUGGCCUCAGUGGUGAGAAAGGAGUUUGACACAACACUGCCCGGCAACCGGAUGCACCGCAGCAACCUGCUGGGCCACGAGGCCACCACCCUCAAAUACCUGGCCCACCAGUUCAACAUACCUGUGGUCCUGACCAACCAGAUCACAACUCAUGUGGGCAAUCAAGGAUCUUCCCUGCCUACUGAAGUGGAUUCUGCAUUCGUGACAGCGGCUCUGGGGAACACGUGGAGUCACAGUGUCAACACACGUCUUAUUGUUCAGUAUGUGAACGCAUACCAGAGACAGAUAUUGAUAGCCAAGUCCCCCGUGGCUCCAUUUGCUGUGCUGAACUACACCAUUCAGAAGCAGGGAAUCUGUAUAGAUGGAAACAACAGUCAAACGACCUUGUAUGAGGGCACAGAUCCAGGCCUCCAGCCAAUCAGGGUGCGGACUGGAUUCAACUACAAUUUGACCAGUUCUGUGGACUGGACUGACCAAACACUGCUGUGACUCAGGUGUGUGUGUGUGUGUGUGUGUGUGUGUGUGUGUGUGUGUGUGUGUGUGUGUGUGUGUGUGUGUGUGUGUGGAGAGAGGCCAGAGAGUGGGCAAAAUGUCUAACAUAAGGGGUGUGUGUGUGUCACAUUCCCUUUGUUUUUGUUCUAAACUAUAUGAUGAUGACUGAUCUUGUUUGAAUGGGUCGAGGUAAAGUAAUGUUGCAUGCCAUAGCCCCGGCUCUCUCUCCACGUGUCCUGUCUCUUUACACUGUCAACUAUCAAAUAGGGCAAAAAUGCCACACACAAAAAGAUCCUGGACAAAAACCGAAUGACGGAGCACUUCCUCCCAAAGUGUUUGAUCCACUUGCUUUGUCAUUUUGACUUAUUGUAAGCUUCUCAAUUCAUUGUGUCAAUAAAGGACAUUAUACAGACCA